CUCCCACAAGUGUGCGUGAGAGCCCCACACCAACUUCCUGAUCUUGUCAACUUGUUCUUCGUGGUUAUUCGUUCUGUGUUUCGUGAAGUUACCUACCCCGCAUUACAGUUGAUGUGUUCAUCUACCUUGUGGAAGCGUUUUGUGUAAAAAUGAGCUCCCUAGAAGUAAUUUCAUCGGAGCUGGGAGAUUCUGUUCUAAGCUGUCUUGGAGAACGCUUCAAUCAUGGCACGCUCAAGCUGGUCCGAAUGGAUUCAUCAAAAGGGGAUAAACUGGAGACCAAAAUACUGGGAUUGUCCAAGUACAGAGCAUUUAUACUUGCAAACAAGAUUCCAACAAAACUUGAGCAUGAGUUCAACUUCUUGGAGAUUCACAGCAUGGAAAGUCUAAAGCCACUCCAGUUGAAGAUCUUUGUGAAUUCAAAGAAGGAUAACACGAAUAAGACGACAUACAGUCUUUCUACAGACAAGACAGAGGAGAUUGAUUGUAUCAUUGAAAACAUAGCCCUGGAGAUCAAGAAGUGCUUCCCCAAUGUCUUCCCUAUUGAAGCAAUAAUACCCCGAAUAACGGCUAAACCAGAGAGCCGAAUGAUGAGCCUCAACAUGAAGCUAGAGGAGACGUAUCCAGAACUGGGGCCUUGUGGUGGCUUCACACAGAUGUACGCAUGUAUGUGUGAUCUACACCAAGAGGCAUACAUGGCUGAAGUAGCAUGGGAUGUGGAUACAAUCUACUUGUCCCAUGACUCCAAAGAGUUAUGCCUGAAUGAUUUUGAUCAUUUGUCAAACAGGGAUCUUGUGCCUAUCAUCGCAGCAUUAAUUCACAACAACUGGUUCACCAAGCUGUCUUUCAGAAAUGCAUCCAAACUGAGCAGUGAUGCUGCACGGGAGAUAAAUAAAGUGUUACUGAAAUCUUCACAUCUAGAGCAACUAAUCCUGGAAAAUGUUGGACUUAAAGGGUCCUUCACACAGGACAUGUGCACAGCGGUGCUUACCAACCAGAACACCUCCUUGCGACACAUCAAUCUGUCUAAUAACUCACUUGAUGAUAGAGGUAUUAGAUACCUGGCCAGUCUACUGCAUAAACUACCCAAUGGUCUAGUGGAACUCAAUCUGGCACGUACAGGCCUAACAGCAGAAGGAACUCUUCACCUUGGCAAGGCACUUGUUGACAACAACUUCAUGUCUAUAUCCUUGGUCAAGCUUGAUGUAUCUGGCAACCCCUUCAAAGAUGGAGACAUCAGUAACCUCACAAUGUUCCUGGCCCAGCCCAACUCACUGACACAUAUCAACAUGUCAGACACAGAGUGUGCCCUGGACAAUGUGUUUGUCGCCCUCUUCAGGGGAUGUUGCUCCAAUCUUUCUCAUCUUAACCUGGCUGGAAACACAUUUACAUACAGGAGGGGUAAGGAUGUACCAAUCCAGGUGUCCUUCAAGCAGUUCUUUGCCACAUGUACCAAGCUCAAGUACUUGAAUCUCGCCAGGAAUAAACUUCCUUAUGAAGUGGUCAAGGAAGUCCUCCUUGGUAUUGGAUCCAAUGACAACCUUCAAGAUGUGGAGCUUGACCUCAGCAGUAAUGAUCUGAAGACAGAGGGGUGCAGAAUUAUUGCUGGCGGUAUUGCUCAUGUCAACAACAUUGCUACAUUGAACCUCAGCGAUAAUGACUUCAAUGCAGAACUUGCUCACCUUGUUGAUUGGAUUGGACAGAGUAAGACCAUUCGCUCAUUGGACCUCAGCAAGAACAUGUGCAGUGUCAAGUACAAGCAGCUGCUGAAGGUACUGGAAACCAUUGUGCAAGUCAUUCAGGCUGAAGGAUUGCCUCUACAAACCCUGUCAUUGGCCGAUAACAAAAUGAAGUUUGAGACUAUUCAGAUCAUCAAUGCUUUGGGGAGUAACACAACGCUGACCAGUGUGGAUAUCAGUGGUAACAACAUGGGAGACAUUGGUGCUCGUAUGCUUGCCAAGGCCUUACAGUUAAACACCAAGCUACACACAGUCAAGCUAGAUGGCAAUGGUAUCACAGCAUCAGGCUUCAAUGAUCUUGCCAACGCACUGGAAAAGAACUACACUCUGAAGUACAUGCCUACUCCAGUCAAUGAUGUAACGGCUGCAUUGAAGGUCAAUGCUGAGAAGACGUCCGAGUCAUUACAGAAGAUCCAAUCUCUACUGCAGAGGAAUCACAGCCAGCAUAAGUUCUCUGAUGAUCAAGCCUUCAGGCUGCAGCAGGGCUUCUUAUACACUACAGCUCACCAGAUGGUUGACAAGUUGGUCGUCCAGAUCCAGGAUACCAUUAAAGAGCUUGUUGACUGUACCGAUGAAGACGUCCAAGCUGAUGUUAAUAAAGCACAGAAUUACAUACAAGAUGCUGAUAACUCGAAACUGUUGCUGAAUGCCCUCCAUCAGGUAGCCCUGAACACAGACGGCAGCGAUGUGAAAAACCAGCUGGAAGACAUGGCUGGACAGUUAAAAAGCAUCGUUGAAAAUCAACUCAAGUCUAGUGCAUCAGGGAUGUUAACGACGUCCACCAAGCAGUGUAGUCAUACGAUGGAGGAUAGCGCCCUCAAGGAGAGUCUUGAUAACGUAUGCCAGGGCCAGAGUAGUAUGCCUCGGAGAUUCCUACAGGAUGUAGUGGAGCAGGUCGGAGCUGCCAUCUCCAACAAAAUGGGAGAGGCACAUUUGGCCAUGGCUAGCCACAUCUCAGACACUAUCACUGAUGAGAUCAUGGAACAUCUGACGGACUGUUAUCAUAAACUGUUGGAACACCAGGCAAUGUUCAAGACCAGGAAGGGAUCUCUGCUGACGAACGGCACAGAAGCAAUGACCAAUCAUGAUGAAGAACAGAAGAAAGACUCUGAGGAGAAGACAGAGGAAGUUAAGAGUGUUGAAGGGCAUCAGCUAUCCAGACAUGAGGGUUCACGGUACCUGAAGGGUAAUGUCAGCCGGAGUGAGUCCCAACGUUAUAAGGAAUCACCAGCUUUCCAACAACGGAAGAGUUGUAAAGUGCGCCCUCGCUCAGUCAUCAUGAGAGAUUUUGAGUUUACUGUAGCUGAGGUAGACAGUGCAGACUCACUUGACACUACCGAUGGUGGGGCCCCUUCAAAGCCGAUCGCUAGUCCUACCCCUACCUCCAAGCCCACAUCCCCAACCCCUAAAGUCUAUCAGCAGAACAAGAAAGCAACGAAGCAGACAGUCAAGGCUUUUGAUGAGCUCUCCAACUCUCAGGCGGGGACUCUGACUGAUUUAAGGAAGAACAGACCAAGAGCACCAAGACAGCGGCCCUCCCGGCCAGUUAACAAACCGGUAGCACCCAUUGAAAGUGUCAAUGCAUCUGCUGUGGAUAGUGGAGUGACUGAUUUCUUCUCUGCUGGUCUUACUGACUUAGUUGUACCAAACAACCAGACCCAGUUAAACACUUCACAGAAUGUAGAUGAUCACUCCCCAGACACUGGCAAGUCUAAGAAACAUAUUAAGAAGAUGGGAGGAUUAUUCCACAAGAAUAAAGCUAAAGAUGAAGACAAACAAAAGAAGGAGGACAAGAAAGAAGAGCCUGCAUCCGGCAAGAAAAGGUUCCGGCUGAAUAAUAUGUUCAAGAGGAAACAAUCCAUGCCUAACAUGGAGGAGCCGGAGCAGGCCAAGCCAGAGGGAGGCAAACGACGUGAGAGCCAGCCCGUUGCUAAAAAAUCACCUCCAGAACCCGCUCCUACUCCUGCUCCCACUCCAAUAGUUGAAGCACAAAGCAAACCCCUCAAUGAAGAGCUGUCUCGUAAGGUGACUGAGAAGAGAGCGAUGCUGGUACCAAAGAUUCAGAAGUCAAUCAAGACAACCACCAGCCCAAUUAAAAACCCUGAACCAACUCUUGAAACAAAAGAUGAACCCAAGAUGGAACCCAAGACGGAACCCAAGACGGAACCCAAGACCGAACCCAAAGCCGAACCCAAACCCGAACCUAAGGCCGAACCUAAGGCUGAAACAAAGCUAGAACCAAAAGCCGAACCAAAGGCCGAACCCAAAACCGAACUAAAGGUCGAACCCAAGACUGAAACCAUGGCUGAGCCCAAGGCCGAAACCAAGACAGAGCCCAAGUCUGAACCCAAGGCCGAACCCACAGCAGAAUCAAAGAUUGAACCAAAGGCUGAACCCAAGGUGGACCCUAAGGUCUCUGAAGAAGGCGCCAAAGCCCAAGCUAGCAAGGAAGAUGUCCCAGCUGUAGAUAUUACCCAAGUGAGCUCAAACCCUGAUGAGGUUUCUGGGAAGGAAGACGGUGAUGCUGCCGUUGGUGAUAACAAAGAAACCCCUGAGGAGACGGUGGAAGAAGUUGUCGUGGAGAGAAGGAAACCCCCUGCAGGUGCCAUGAUGCUGGGAGGUACCAAUAUGCUGCAGGAGAUGAAACUAAAGCGAGAAAAGAAGGCUGCUGACCGAGCAAGUAGGGAAAUCCUGGAGAGUCAGACUCCUAAAGUGGACGAAGUGGCUUCAAAAGAAACCACUGAGAGCCCAGCAGUUCCUGGUUCCCCAGAGAAGCCCACGCCCAAACUGAACCUAGUGAUCCCAGUUGUAACCUCUCCUGAGCCAGGAUCCCCAAAAGCUGCAGGACCCCCAUCUUUCAUUAAGCCUUCUCUUUCUCCAAAGGUGAUGUCCCCACUAGCAUCCCCACGAAGGUCACCUCUCGCCAAGGCAGCUAGUAGUCAAUUGCCUCCUGAAGAAACUCUCAGUACGUCUAAGGAUGACGCUAAUGCCAAGGAGGAGAAGAGAGACAGCAGUGAGCUCAUGAGACCCAAACUCCCGGAGGCAACGAGGCCCAAAAUUGAAAAGGAGAAACCUCAAAUCAAGGGACGACCUCCCUCUGGGAAGUUUGAAAUUCCGUCACUGAAAUCGACUCCUACUUCCCCAACCACCCCCGAGAUUGUAGCUCCAUUUGAGAAAAGUGUGAAGCCUUCGGAUAUCUUGAAGAGGAAUUCCGCAGAGAUCAAAGUGAAGUCCCCAGGAGAGGUGCCAAAGAGGAAUUCGGUGGAGGUGAAACCUGCAGAGAGUGUUACCCCAAAGCCAUCAUCCAGACCUGGUUCUACUACCGAAGACAAGCUCCAUCAGUCUGCUGAGGGUAAACCAAACGGAGAUGCAGUCUUCCCAAAACCUAGACCCAAGCCUCCAAAGAGACCUGUUGCUUCUGUACCCGUAGUUGCCAAAAAACCUGGUGUCUCUCUGAGGAAACAAAGCUCUCCUGCUGUCAGUGUAAAUGACCUUCCAUCUAAGCCUGAGGUCAGACCAGAAGGCAGUCCACAGAAAGGUUACUCACUACCCAAGAGCCAGCCUAGGACUGCACCAUCUAUUGCAACCAAGCCUCGCUCCAGGUCCUUAGAGCCUAGCAUGGCAGCCAAAGUAGAGAUUAAGGUUCCAACAGCAGGUGUCGGAGGGUCUGCCCUCCUGGAGGUACCUGGCAGUGGGUCUAGUAAUAAGAGGGACUCUACCCUCUCCAAGGAAAGCGAUGAUGAGACAAUACAGGAUACUGAUGAAUAUUCAUCUAUUUGAGCCACUCCUCUCGGCCCCUCUAACAGCAAGUUAACGAGCAGAUUCUCUCCCCAGCAACCUGUGACCUGUAACUUAGAAGCAAAUUGUCUGUGCUUUUUAGUAAUUAGUCCUUCUGCAUUGACGUCGUCUCGCUGCCAUCUAAGGGCCUUGUCACACGAGGCAACUUUUACAGGCAACUUGGAGGCAACCAAAACUGCAAUGCAUGUUACAUUUACCACUUUGGUAGCAGAUGAGUCAUAUUUCAAACAAUGUCUUACGAUCCCCAAGAUUAAAAUAAGAACAUUCAAACAUGGAGCGCUUUCCUUCAUGGAUAUUGUCUGGAGCUAGUUGCCUGUAAACUCGUGUGACAUGACCCUUAAACUGAUCAACAAUUACGUAGCACAUAUUUGUACAUGCAGUGCACAAGAUGGGCCAAUGAGCGACGACCUGUCGACCUGUAGGUGAUAUUGCCUUACUCCAGUGACGUCAUAUGCAUGUAAGGUCUACAUGUGUCGUUUUUAGUUUACUGGACUCAACGCCAAUUUUCACAAAACUGUAAGCAGAAUACUUCAUACAUUCUGAGCACAAAUAGCCGCAAAUAUAUUUUUGCUGAAAUCACUUUCUUCUAUGCGGUAUUUUGUUGUGUUCAAUUAGAGAUUUGUUUUAUUAACUAUUUCCAAUUAACUAAUGCAAACUUUAGGGAACAACACUGCAACUUUUGGCAAACAAAGGCCAUCAGCAAAACUUAGCCAACAGUCUAGAGGCGGUGUUGGCUAAUGUUAGCAAACUGUAAACAAAAGCAGUGAAAAGUGCAUGACAAUUUGGCAAAUGUGACCAAACUUUCUGCACGAUUUAAUUCACAGGCACCUUAAAUUAUUGAAAUAAUUUAGAUGAUGACACCAGUUUGUUGAAAUACGCCCUUUGCAAGUGAUGCUGUACCCUGAUGCAUUAAUUUGGGGUUAAUAUAUUGUUAUUGUAAUUUAUAUACAGAUUUCAAGACGUGCAUGUUUGAAACAAAAACAGAGUUUAUUUUUCAACUAUUUUUUAAGUGUUGUUAUUUGGUACCCCAGUAGAGGCUUAACUGUUUAGGGGUUGUCCAACAAGUAUCUAUUUAUGUUAAGUAGGCAUGAAACGUUACAUGAUUGAGAGACAAUGGAGUGUUUAAGCUUUGGAAAUCACAAUGAAAUUCUUCAGAGUUGUGAAGAAAAAAAAAACCAUGAAAAACUGGAAAGACAGAA